AUGGCCCAUUGUGUUAGUAGAGAGAAAGUACACGUUCAGUUCUUUAAAUUGUACUUGUAUGCGUGCUGUAAACCUGCCAAAAAUAGCAAUAAACAAUAACAAUGCUGCCGCAUAACUGACGUCACAAGAGAGGCAGGAAGCGAGAGCGAGCGUGCGCGCGUGUGUCAGUGUGUGUGUGUGUUGUGAACAACUGUAAACCUCAACCGGCAAAACCUCAAAAACCGAACAGCUGUGUGCCUCCAGAAAAAAUAAUACAAAAGCAACCAACAACCCUAACAAUCCCGCAUAAGCAAUAAAAUUAUUAGUAAGAAAAACACACAAAAAAAAAACAACUAAUUUGUUAAAAUGUAUCGCAUCGGUCCAAUUGGACGGAAAUCAAACUUCCAUUCGCGAGAGAAAUGUCUGAUUGGCCUCGUCUUGGUCACCCUGUGCUUCCUGUGCUUUGGCGGCAUCUUCCUGCUGCCGGAUAACUUUGGCGGCGAUCGUGUCCUCCGCGUCUACAAGCACUUUCAGAAGGCCGGUCCAGAGAUAUUCAUACCAGCCCCGCCUCUCGCCGCCCAUGCGUCACGCAACGAGGAUCCGCACUUUAUUGGCGAUCGCCAGCGUUUGGAGCAAAAGAUUCGAGCAGAGCUGGGCGACAUCCUCGAUGAGCCGCCGGCAGCGCAGGCAGCAGCAGGAGCAGCAGCAGCGGGAGAAGCGGAUGCAGCCAAUGUCCAGGCGCCAGCCCCCGCUGCAGCGCUGGAGGAGCAACUCGAACAGGAGCGGGCGGAGGCGGAGGAUGCCCGCCAUGUGGCCGUACCCGUGCUGGCAGCUCCAGCACAGGGCGACUCCGACACAGUUUCCACGCACAACAAUCCCGCCCAGCAAAUCAUCCAAUUGCCCAUGGGAGGUGGCGGCAACGACCAGGCGCCGGACACUGUGGACGCCACUCUGGAGGAGCGACGUCAGAAGAUUAAAGAGAUGAUGGAGCAUGCCUGGCACAACUACAAACUGUAUGCGUGGGGCAAGAACGAGCUGCGUCCGCUGUCACAGCGGCCGCAUUCGGGCAGCAUAUUCGGCUCGUACGAUCUGGGAGCGACAAUCGUCGAUGGCCUGGAUACGCUGUACAUUAUGGGGCUGGAGAACGAGUACCGGGAGGGGCGUGACUGGAUCGAGCGCAAGUUCUCGCUGGACAACAUCAGUGCUGAGCUGAGCGUGUUCGAGACGAACAUCCGGUUCGUGGGCGGCAUGCUGACCCUGUACGCCUUCACCGGGGAUCCGCUGUACAAGGAGAAGGCACAGCAUGUGGCCGACAAGCUGCUGCCCGCCUUCCAGACGCCCACGGGCAUACCCUAUGCCCUGGUCAACACAAAGUCGGGCAUGGCCAAGAACUAUGGCUGGGCAUCGGGCGGCAGCUCGAUCCUAUCGGAGUUCGGUACCCUCCAUCUGGAGUUUGCCUAUCUGAGCGACAUCACCGGCAAUCCGUUGUACCGCGAACGGGUCCAGACCAUCCGUCAGGUGCUCAAGGAAAUCGAGAAGCCAAAGGGGCUGUAUCCCAACUUCCUCAAUCCGAAGACAGGCAAAUGGGGACAACUUCACAUGUCGCUGGGCGCGUUGGGGGACAGCUACUACGAGUACUUGCUGAAGGCCUGGCUCCAAUCGGGACAGACGGACGAGGAGGCGCGCGAGAUGUACGACGAGGCAAUGGUGGCCAUCAUGGACAAGAUGGUGCGCACCAGUCCCAAUGGCCUGACGUAUGUGUCCGAUCUCAAGUUUGAUCGUUUGGAGCACAAGAUGGAUCACUUGGCCUGCUUUUCGGGCGGCCUGUUUGCCCUGGGGGCUGCCACGCGCCAGAACGAGCACAGGGACAAGUACAUGGAGGUGGGCAAGGGCAUCACAAACACUUGCCACGAGAGCUACAUUCGAGCGCCCACACAACUGGGACCCGAGGCAUUCCGCUUUAGCGAUGCUGUGGAGGCCCGGGCACUCCGGUCCCAGGAGAAGUACUAUAUACUGCGUCCGGAGACCUUUGAGAGCUACUUUGUGCUGUGGCGGCUCACGCACGACCAGAAGUAUCGCGACUGGGGCUGGGAGGCGGUGCUGGCCCUGGAGAAGCACUGCCGCACGCCCCAUGGCUAUUGCGGCCUGCGUAAUGUCUACCAGCCGGAGCCCCAGAAGGAUGAUGUGCAGCAGAGCUUCUUCCUGGCCGAAACACUAAAGUAUCUAUACUUGCUGUUCUCGGAUGACUCGGUACUGCCGCUGGACGAAUGGGUGUUCAACACGGAGGCGCAUCCGCUGCCCAUCAAGGGGGCCAACCAGUACUACCGGCAGGCGCCCGUCACGCUGCCCGUCUCGAAUGCCUCAUAAGAGGCCCGACACUACUGGCAGCUGCUUCUCUUGUCUAUAGCAAUGCACUUUACUUAGCUCUUUAUAUACACUAUAUAUGUACGUAGUAUAUAGGUAUAUAAAUCACUUCUUUUUUUUUGUUUUUUGUUUAAGUUUUAAGCUAGUUUACAACGUAAUGACAACCCCAAUUACAUAGGGCAAAACAAAAGAAAGGAAACGAAAAUGAAAAUGAAAAUGUUAUCUCUAGCAGGCACACGGGCAAACCGCACACAAAAAACAAACGAGAAACUUUCAAUGUAACAUAUUUAUCAAGCUAAAUUAUUGUAUCCGCGUCUUGUGCGGAGGGAUAUACAUGUAUCGUAGUUAAUUGUAGCUGUCUUCAGACACAAUUUGACAGGGGGCCUCAAACCCCAGGACCCCAGGACCCCAGGACCCCAAAACUUUCCAUCUCAAGACGAAGCUGAUGAAUGAUGAAUGAUAAACGAUGAUGUAGACGUAAACAAAAACUACACUUGAUAUUACAAAUUGAUAUCUAAGACGAUAUAUGUAUGAUAUACAUAUAUGAGAUAUAUAUAUAUGUAAAUGUUAAA